CUAGGAAAAUCAGCGUCUCGUUCCCAUCGAUGCACGCUGUCGGGGAACAUGGCGGGUGCCUGGUUGUGGCAAUGCCGGAGAUGGAGUACAAACUGUUCGAGCGCGAGUUUAUUAGAAACUGUGUGGCAUUAUAACGGCAGGUCUGUGUCUCUCUCCGUGUCCUCUCUGGGGCGGGCGUCCUGGAGCUCCGGGCCGCGGAACGAGGUACAGCCAUCAGUACGAUCCACACAGAUAAACCCCAAAACUUUAAACUUUACCUCAUCUCUCAUCAGACACAAGUCAAGGUUGCUGUAUCCCGCGCUACAGUCGUGCUGUUGUAGAAAAAUACAUAGUGAUGCGAAGCUGAAAGACCCUUUCACGUUAGCCCAGAAAGACUUAACGAGUUUAUAUGACGACAUCAAAAAGGAGCUGAUUGUAUCCAAAGAAGAGCUGAAUUCUCUAUGUGACUACUAUUUCGAUGGCAAAGGCAAAGCGAUCCGACCAAUGAUAGUUGUCCUCAUGGCCCGAGCCCUCAACAUCCACAGCAACAGAGAUGGAGAUUUGCUCCCGGGGCAGAGGGCCAUAGCUAUGAUCUCAGAAAUGAUUCACACUGCCAGCCUUGUGCACGAUGACGUUAUAGACGGAUCAGAUAAGCGAAGGGGAAAGAGGACAAUCAAUGAAGUGUGGGGUGAAAGAAAGGCUAUCUUGGCCGGGGAUUUCAUCCUAUCAGCCGCCUCCAUGGCUUUGGCUCGUAUUGGUAACAUCACGGUUGUAAAAGUGUUGUCCCAGGUGAUAGAGGACCUGGUUAGAGGUGAAUUCAUGCAGCUGGGUUCAAAGGAGAACGAGAACGAGAGAUUCAAACACUACCUCGAGAAAACUUUCAAGAAGACGGCGAGUCUCAUUGCAAACAGUUGUAAAGCAGUAUCCAUACUCGUAAAUUCUGAUCCUGACGUCCAUGAAAUAGCCUACCAGUAUGGGAGGAAUGUCGGUAUCGCAUUUCAGCUGGUGGAUGAUGUUUUGGACUUCACAACAGGGGCCGCUCAGUUGGGGAAGCCCACGGCUGCAGACCUCAAACUGGGAUUGGCUACUGGACCAGUUCUGUUUGCUUGUCAACAGUUUCCAGAGCUACACGCGAUGAUCAUGAGACGUUUCAGCUCUAAAGGAGAUGUGGACCGGGCCUGGCAGUACGUCCUCCAGAGCGAUGGCGUGCAACAGACCAAAUACCUGGCCCAGCGCUACUGUCAAGAAGCCAUCAAGCAGAUCAGUUUGCUCCGGCCAUCCGCAGAGAGAGACGCCCUCAUCAGACUCACCGAGAUGGUGCUUACCAGAGACAAGUGAACCUCCACUGCUGGACUUCACUUCAGGCAGCUACCUGUGGAAAGGGAACUCACCCGGCCCCCCUCUCCCCUGUGUCUGAGCAGGCCAGGGUCAGACAAAGGCGGUGAGAGAGGUGAUGGGACGCUGGUUCGGAGGAACCCCUGGAGCUGGUUUUAGUGCCAAUUCUGAAUCAAUAUGGCAGCAAGCUGGUUUGUCAGAAUACUACUAGAAUCAAGGGAUCAAAACUGCAUGCAGGGGCCUCUCUGAACUGAUAUGUGUUGUUUCAUGACUCUCUCAACUGCUCCUUAAAAUAUACAAGAGGGUGAGUUUCUCAAUAAUGAAUUGACAUAUAAAUACACUCGGUUUUUAGUGCACGUACUUGUGAUCUCCUAAACGGAAUCACGGUGGCAAUUUGGAAAUAAAUUAUCAUUUUAAAUGAACGGAUGGCACUGAAAACCCCAGACGCUAACUUUCACUGCAUACAGUACUGUAACUGCAAUGGCCUCCCAUGCCUCAAACUAGCCAACUGUGACUAGUAAUAGUUUGUUAAAAACGCUAGUGCGGAGCUGCAGCGGCGUUGCAAAAAAAAAAAUCUGUGUAAUUCCAAACGAGACGGAAGUGCAUCUUUGUCAUCGGUGUGUUUGUUUGGAUCCGUGUCGAUGUCUUUAGAGAUCCGUCCACACCACGAAGGCCAAACAGUCAUGUGUCCUUUUCUUUGACUUGUUGAAAUGUUAUACGGUUACUUCUGUAAAUGCAAAGUGCCCUGUAACAGCCAAGGCCUUAACAUCCACAAUGACUGUGUGCUCAAUAAACCAACAGUUUUUUUUUUUUUUUUUUACGCCAAAUCCUCUCUCUCUCUCUUUUUUUUUGAUUCCCCCCAAGUGAUCACACAUGCAUGUUGUACAUAGAAUUGUUUAUUAUAAAAGACUGUACAUUAAUCAAUCAACAUAUUAUAUAUACAAAUGAAGGGCAGAGAGGUUUCAAUAUUUCUACCUAUGGAAUUGAGCCAGAACAUGUUUUUUUUUUUGUUGUUGGAUAUACUGAAGCAAACGGGGAAAAUAUCAAGGCAUUAGCUGCAAUAAUCCUGAAAUGGUAAAAAAAAAAAAACGCAUGUUAACCUUCCAUUUUGAAGUCAAAAGUUAGGUUAUGUUAGAUGUGUGUUCGAGGGCCAACAGGAAAAAAUAAAAAUAAAAACAAAUGUUA